AUGGACAACUGGUUCACUCCCUUGUCGUCUCCCAAGGAAGAUAUUCCUGCAAAAUCGCACGACAUACACAGUCCGUCUGGCACGCUCCUGAUUGAUCCCACAAAACCCAUGGCUCCUACAGGAGAUCCUACGUUAUGGAGAUUUCGCACAACCACGAGUAUAGCUUUCAAACUGGGCUCAUACUGUGGGAACUGUCAACACCAUCUGGGGAUGCUUUUGGAGCAAAUACGCCUCAAUAAGCAUGGUUGCAAAGUGACCAAAUUCAUCUACGCCCAUGUUGGUUCGUCUGGUUCGAUGGGUAAUGAGGCAGGCGCUCAAAGAGAGGAUUCAAAUUUGAUUGGCUACGUAGCGGUCAGCAAUAAAGUUGAGUUGCAUCGGAUUGGACGUAGGGACAUUGCCGUGGCAUGGCGUGGGACCAAAACAUGGUCGGAGGGUCGUAAAGUUAUUAACACUAAGCUUGUACACAUCGACGAUGAUGAUGAUGUGAUGGUGGCAGAUGGGUUCAAUAACAUCUACACAUCCAAGACUGACUCAUCCAUGUACAACAAGUCAAGUGCGUCAGAACAAGUGAUGGGAGAAGUGAAAAGGCUUGUGAAGUUGUACAAAGAUAAGGGUGAAGAGGUGGACCUCACCAUCACUGGCCACAGCCUAGGUGGGGCCUUAGCUCUCCUCAAAGCUUAG